AUGGCCAUGAAGAAGGAGGCCUUCGCCCUCCUCGUUGACGACUCCCUACACGCCUUGCGGGCUCAGCUGUUGGGAGCGUUUCCCGACACCGGCAGUGCGCAUGCCACCUUCGAAGAGGCCUCUCCACCCAAGGGCUUGAACGGCCUCCCGAAGCCGAGCGGCAAGCGACCGAGCGCCGGUCAAUUCUCGACAGGCGUGGCCAUAGAGAUCAAGCCCAAGGAGCAGUUCGACGCACAGGUUCAUGAUUCCGGUGGCAGCGGUACUGCCAGCCAGCAUCUGGAGCUGCUCGGCCGAAGGCAUGCCAAGACGGUGGACAGCGAGUGGUCCCAGAAUGGCAUGGGGCUCGGGGUCUCCAGGAAGCAAUCCCACCCGCUGAAGGAUUCCCUGGAGAAUCUCAGUGACGAGGAGGCGCGAGCAAUCCGCCACAGGCUACGGUUGCGGCUGGGAGCCCUGACGUCCAAGAAGCUCGUGUCCGGAAAAUCCCUACAUGAUGCUUGUAGCUCGCUGGGCCUGACGCGGUACACCAUCGAGGACAUGAACGAGCUUGUGAACCUCUUGGCGGAUUUCAUCGAGCUCACCUUUGAGGCAACGGAAGCGAAAAUGCCGACAGGUCGGCGAGUGAGCGAGUCCUCCACCGGCAUGUUCGGGUUCAGACUGAGCGAUGUGAACAAUCUCGGCAAACCAGUCUGGCAAUGGCCUCACAUGGACGCAUCGGGGCGUGAGUCUUUUCAUCGCAGUGCAUCACUCAAUGCCUACGUUGACAUGGCACCGCGCUGCCACCUAAAUGUGGUGCCAGCGCAGCCUCUGAUGGACCUCUUCCUCGCGCAGGAGGGAGACGUCCACCGGAAGUGCUUCGGACCUCGCAUCUUGAAGCAGUUCCAGGCUAUGAAGGAGAUCCUUCUGGCAGGAGACACAAACCGGCUUGUUGCUGAGUUGACCUUUGUACGGAUUAACGAUCUGGCGGCUCCACCGGAGCCGAUGAACCUCCUCUUGUGCUUAGAGCCAUUGGUGGCCAUCGUCAUCAUCGCUAAUGGCGUCAUGAUUGGUUUUCAAACGCACCCGUCGUGGGAAUCAUGGCCGUACUGGAUCAUCGUGGAGGCAAUCUUUGCGAGCUUUUUGGUGAUGGAGAUUGCUUUGCGCAUGCAUCUUCAAGGUCGCCGAAGCUUCUUCAGAGGAGCUGAGCUGCAGUGGAACCUUUUUGACGUAUUCCUGGGCGUGACGGGUGUCACAGACGUGAUCAUCCAGCUGGCCAGGGACAGCACCAACGAGUCUUUCUUUGGCACGUCGCUGCUCCGUUUCUGCAGAUUGAUCCGUUUGGUGCGCAUCGUCAAGGUUUUCCGUUUGAAAGCCAUGAAGGAUUUGCGGCUGAUGGUCAAGGGACUGAUUGCUGGAGUGAAAACCUUGGUGAUGGCAUUUACACUGCUUUUCACGGUGUUGUAUGUCAUCAGCGGCUUUGCCACGAUGACUAUCGGUCAGAGCAUUGGCUUGGACGACCAGCCGCAAAUCGUGAGAGACUUGUUACCCUUCUUCAAGACGAUCCCAGCCUCCAUGUUUACGGCCUUCCGCUGCUUCACCGGAGAGUGCACGGACCACGGUGGACGAACGAUCCAUUCCAUUCUCGCCGAAGAGUUUGGGCCAGUCUUCAUCUUCUCCUACGUUGCAAGCUAUAUGCUGGUGUCCAUGGGGAUUUUCAACGUGAUUUUGGCAGUGUAUGUCGACAUCACGAUGAAGGCUGCCAAGGAGAACGACGCCGUCACUUUGGAGCAGCACUCGAAAGAGUCCAUCAGGAUCGCGCGCAUCACGCGUGAGCUCUUGAAGAAGUUUGCCGGAGCCUACCGGAUGUUCCAGGAGAUGGAGGACGGGGAUGGUGAGAAGUAUCUGGACAUCUCCAACCGAAAGAGCGACAUGGUCUUUACGGACGGUGACGUCCACGAAGGCAUCGCCAUUACGAAGGAGUUGUUCCUCAUCGUGAUUCAGGACCGUCGUGUCCAGGAUCUCAUGGAUGAGUUGGAGCUUCCACCCGAUCGGGCCAAUCUCUUCGAGAUUAUCGAUGCGGACAGCAGUGGAACUUUGCACGUGGCGGAGCUUGUCCACGGCCUGUUGAAAAUCCGCGGCGAGAUCACCAAGAGCGAUGUCGUGGCUGGUCUCCUGGCGACCAAGGCUUGCUACGACAAGGUCGCGGAGCUGAAGGAGGAGCAAGAGGAGAGCCUCUCUGCGGUCCGCAGCCAACUGGCGGUGCUGCAUUCGGAGAUGCUGAUGCGGCGCCGAAACAGUGGCUCCACGUGCAUGUCGGCUCCCGAUGCUGACCUGAUGCAGGUCCAGGAAGAGGAGGAUCAGCCGCCGGAGCUGCUGGAUCCCCCUCUCUCGAAGCCGCGGCUGCUGAUGUCGCCGGCCCGGUCCGGCGUUCCGCUGAAGCCUCAGCUGAUCAACGACGACGGCGGAGAUCCGCCAGCUCCAGGCGUUUGA